GGGAUCCAGCGCACAGCAGGAAAUGGAAGAGGAGAGGGAGAUACUGUCUCCUGUCUUACAGUGGAAACCUGGAGCAGAGAGAAAAGGUCCAGUCUCUUGAAGUAACUCCAGUCAAGAAAUUUCCAGUUGAGGCUGAUUCAGUCCAGGAAAAGCUUUCGGAUCCGAGCCAGACUAGCCGUCCUCUCACCCCCUGUUUGGGUACACCAGGCUCCCAGGCUCUGCAGGACCUGAUGGAGCUGGCUGAGGAAGUUAAAGACAAUGCUGUGGAUAAACUUCCCUCAAGAGGUUUUAUUCCAGAGACAAAAGACAAGACGCCGCCCAAGGAAACCUCAGUGUUUGUUUCAAAGCUAGCAUCAGAUCUGAGCAGCAUGGUGAACAACCCUCAGCUCAGUGAUGUGCAGUUACAGGUGGACAGCAGGGACGUUUUCUUCACUUCAUGCCCACUGCUGGCCAAUAUGGUUCAUGACUCAGGUUUUGGUGUUCAGGAGGAGGGUAUGCCUGUCUCUCAGAGGGUGUUGUUGGGUAAUGUGCUUGGGGAGGCAGUACUGGCCCUCCUGCAGUAUCUUUACACAGCCCAUCGUCCUCUGACACACACACUGCUACCCCACAUACAGGAGCUCGCCGAUAGGUUUGGUUUAGCUGAGCUGCAGCAGUGUGAGGAAUAUUCUGGAGGUGUUGGGGAAGACCCAAGAGAGGAAUCUGAAGGCAUGUUUCCAGCACCUGAGCCUCAUCUCGGGGAGCAAGAAUACCAGAACUUGGCAGAAAACAACUUUUUGGAGCUCCUCCAAUCAAUGUGGCAGCACAGGGACAGCGAAGAAGAGGAUGCUUUCAAACAGACUGGCGGUGAGGAAGGAGACAUGGCAGAGGAGCGAGAGAAAGAAGAUGAAGAAAAAGAGGACCGUGAGAUCAAUGAGUUUGCAGCGACACAAAGGAAGAUAGAGACGAUCCUGGAGGCUACGACCAAGACCGAAGAAUAGGAGGGAGAUGCAAAUACAUCCCUCAGAAAUGAGAAGAAAUAUGAGACUAAAGACAGGAAUGAGACCGAAUCCCUCUCAGAGAAAUCUGCCAACAGUUGUCAUAGUAACAAACAGGGCGUGGACGGGAUGGAGGCUGCCAUGGUAACAAGUCCACCAGAAGAAACCAUUAAAAACCCCAAUUCGGAGACUGAGAGAGUUUGUUUGAUUUCAGAAUUAGAUGAAAACUUGAAACUUGAGUUGGAUGCCAGUCUAGACGAGAGCUAUGUCCAGUCUGUAGGGGAAUGCAUGGAACCGUCACAGACGCCGGUGUCCUGCUCUCAGCAACAACGUUACAAGCCAUCGCACACACUCCACCAAAACACACCCGCCCCGUUUCGCUAUUCAUGUGCUAGUGAGGUGAUCAACCUGUCGAUAAGCCCUCCACGUAGCUGGUGUGUGUCAGGUGAGACCAACUUCCCCAUGCCUGGAGUGUCUCCUGGUCCUCAUGAGGGUGAACAUGCAGGUAAUUCUCCACAAACAAAAGACUAUUCAGUUUGCCAGAGAAGCAAGAACCCUGCUUCCCCUCCAGAAUCUCAACCCAAACAGGUUGAGCUCAUCGUUCUCUCAGAUUCUGGUGAUGAAAUGGAUAUAGACGGUGGCUGCAAUGCUUUGUCUCCUCUGUCUCCUUUCGAAUCUCCCUCAGAACCUCUUCAGACGUCCACAAGCUAUGCUUGUAACAGUUUCAAAGAAUCUUGAUCCCAAGGCCAUGCUGGCAAAUUGGUAGACACUUCCAAGCAGGUGUCAACUGAUACAGAAGCCAGAUCUGGCCCAUCAGAGCACUGUAGCCCUGGGAUUGCGAAUGAAAGCGUGUUUGAUGGCUCUGCUGAGGUUUCCUGGCUGAUUCCAGCCACUCCGGUACCAUCCACACGCUGUAGCUCUUCCCAGACCUGCAUCAGCAUGCGCCAAACCCAACUCUUCCCCAACUCAUGGUCCUCUUCUACCUCUUCCUCUGCCUCGGGUGGUUUGAAACCUGCUAGCUUUGAUUCUUCAAGCAGCUGCUGCUUAAAAGAGAAGCCAGUAUCCUUGCCUGAAUUGCCCAAAUCUCAUCUGAAUCCCUUUAAAGAAUGUCAUAGCACUGAUAGAAAUAGCUCUCCAGGUUUUCAGAGACCACUUCACCAUUUCAGGCUCCCUUGGGUUCCUUCUACAUAUGUUUCUGAUGGCUCCCACAUUGGCAGGAUCAUGGGACAACGAACCCAGGGUGUCUCCAAGCCCUCAAGUAGCACUCCUCUCCAUUCAGACUCUUCCUUAAAACAUCAGAUCCCGUUUGGCUCCUCUGUGGUUGAUGACUGUGAGGUUUGGCUCAGGGAUAGUAGAGCUAAUGCUAGAUCAUUCGGCAGUCAGGGAAAAGUUGUCUUAGUGUCUCUACAACUGAGUUAUUCUUCCCCUAGUAAGACACCUGAGAAGAAGCAGAGUAGCUCUCUUGAGCAGGGAUGCUCCAGUCCGUCCCCGAACUCUCAAAGCUACAGUCAUCCAGAAAGAUGCAAGAAGAGGGAGAACGAUGGGGUAGAGCGAAUGGAAUUGGGAGAGAAUCCAAAUCAAAGUGAUGAAGAAUUGGUGGAUGUUGCGGGAAACUCUUUAAGUGACAUGGAUGAGCCUGGAAGAAGAGCGGGAGAUGAAAAUCCGAAUCAAAGUGUUGACAAAUUGGUGGAUAUUGCAGGAAACUCAUUCAAUGAUAUGGAUGGGUCUGGAAGAAGAGUGGGAGAAGAGAAUCCAGAUCAAAGUGUUGACAAAGUGGUGGAUAUUGCAGGAAACUUAUUUAGUGGCAUGGACGAGCCUCCUAUAGUGUUUGAUGACUCCUGGGGUUUGGAUGGAGGAGGUGGAAGCCAGAAACCCUGCUUUAGUCUACGGCUUGACAGCAGCGAAGAUGUAGUCAGUCCACCAGGUCUCGAGGGUAAAGGACCAAUGCCCACGUCUCAUCUUGAUUCUGGCGCUUGUACCAAAACUCCUGAUCCAAGUCCAGGUCCAUUUAAUCACAGCCUACCUGACCCUGACAUGUGGGAUGAAUGGAAAGUAGAGGAGGUGGCUUCCCUUCCUCUUUCUCAGAGGUUGAAAGCUCCCUCUGCCAAGAGAGUUGCCGAACUAAAGACUCCAGUUGCUUGCAGAAAGAGGAAUAAAGGGCCGCUGGUGCCCAUCACUCCCAUGCCUGGCUUUUCCGAUAUGGACACACCAGAACUAAAAAACAAACUCAACAGGUUUGGCGUGCGUCCACUGCCCAAGAAGCAGAUGGUUCUGAAGCUGAAAGAGAUCCAUCAAUACACCCACCAGCUGCAGAGCUCAGAGUCAGAGGAGGAGACCUCCGGACCCCAACGCCCCCCGAAUGCCUCCAACUCCCAGUCUGCUCCGCUCUCCUUUAAGCAGCCUAUAGCGCCCCCUGCUGUCUCAUUCGUGAAACCGCCACCAAGUGAAGAAGAUGAGCUUUUAUCAGCCUCUCAAGACUCGAAUACAUCCUCCACUGCGGAGUCUGACAGAUACAGCUCGUACACGACUAGAUACAUAAUUAAUACUACAAGGAAACGUAGUUCAAUGUAUUUCUUCUUCUCAGAUCAAACCCAGAGCUGUGUGUGUCUGAAGACGAUGACUCGGAAAGCGAGGGCAUCACGGCUGUUGUGCGUGAGAAGGACAAACUCCUGGCAGUUCAUCAGUUCAUCCUAUCCAACCCCAAGCUGUACGCACGAGUGCUGCAGUACCAGCCUCUCUCCCUGGCGGAGCUGCAGUCCAGCUUGAAAGCAGCGGGCAUCAGGUUAGGUGCUGCUUAACUACUAGACUUCCUGGACUCUCAGUGCAUUACUUUUAGUUCGGCCAAACAGGGCCAGAAUGCAUCUUCCCACAGGAAACGACGCGUUAAUACGACAACCAGUGGCAGUGCAGCCAGAAGAGGAAGGAAAAAAGCAGCUAUAAGCCCAAUGGAGGAGUCGCAUGUGGGCUGAAAUAAAAUAAUGUGGUAAAACAACAGGAUUUUAAGAAUAAGCUGUUAAAGGACAAUAGUGGUUUUCAUCUUUUCAACUAAACAAAUGUCUGACACACACUCUAUUGCACUAUUCCAUUAACAAGAUUGAAACGAAAAUGCAUUUUUUUUUUUUACAGUGUUUAAAAUGAAAAUGUUAUUUUUUAAAUGAAUUUAAUUUAAUGUCUGGAUAAUGUAAUUAAAAAACAUUUCUUAAUGUAUGUGUCACGUGUUUGUAUACAAGAAUGGGUUCGAUGUAAGCUGUUUUAUGUUCCAAUAGUUGCCUCUCAAACAAACUCCUUACCAAAGUUACAAAAACAGUCAAUAAUUGUGCAAUCAACCAUUUUUUCAUGAAUAAAAUGAAGAUUGAAAAGCAAUCAA